AUGGAUCAGUCAAGAUAUUGGAUCCAAAAGGAAGGAGCUAGUAACUGUUUGAAUCCGCAUGUGUUAUCGUCGUUUGGCGAUUCAUGGGAAGAACAAGCGUUUGCGGAAGACGCAUCUGGACCACACGGAGGGUGCGUAUGGCCUCCAAGAUCUUAUACUUGUAGUUUCUGCAGACGGGAAUUUCGGUCGGCUCAAGCUCUUGGUGGUCACAUGAACGUUCAUCGGAGAGAUAGGGCCAGGCUCAAGCAGGUUUCGAGUCCAGAUACCAAUCAGCUGCAAGGAGUACUUCUGCUUGAACCUAAUAAUAAUAAUAAUAUUGUUACAUCUAAUUUGGAUAGAUCAUCAUGUAGUAGUGUGUUAAAAAACCCUAGUACCCCUAAUUUUGACUUGGAUCAUCAUCAUGCUCUCUUUUCAUCAUCUUCUCCAAGACCUUCUAUUCUUGGUCCUGCUUUCACUUGUUCUUUUGGUCAACAAAAUAGUACCCCUAUAUUGUCAUGGCCCAAGUUUGAACCUCAAAAAAGAUUUCAUAUUGGUAACCAAGAAAAGGGACGUUAUACACGAGUUCUUGAUCAGUCGGACUCGAUCAUUUCAAAGAAGAAUCCUCAUCAUCAAAUUGAGGUUUGUGUUGCAAGUAACUUAAAUUCACUCAUUAGAAAAAGAUGUGAGAUGCCUAUCUUGAAUGUCAACAACGACGACGAUGAUGAUGAUGAUGAUGGGGAAGAUGGUUUCAUCUUCAAGAGAAGCAGGCGGGUAGAUGAUGAUCACGACGCACGGUCUUUCUUUCCUAGAAACACUAGUAUCUUGGUAGAUGACAAAGAUGCUAAAAAAGUAGUAGUGUCACUUGAACAUAGCCCAAACUCUACUUUAGAGAACUUGGAUCUUGAGUUAAGGCUUGGUGAUCGCCCUUAA